CAGCUCCCUUGCAGGUCCCUGAACCCCGAUGGGGAUGGCGGCUCGGGGUGCGCAGCCCUUUGUGCGGUGUUUGGGAUGCUCGGGCAGCUCCGGGGUGCUGCGGGGCACCCAGAACACGUGCUGGGUUUGUCUGUGGGGUAGCUGGUCCGGAAUGAAAGGAGGGAAGGCUUUAGGACUGCAUGACUAGAAAUGCUCCUGGAGUGCAAGGAAACACUAAGCUAGUUCAGGCUUUUAGCAUCCUCUCUCUAUGGGAGACAUUUAUAGUUUUGCUGCUGUAUUUACAGUCUGUCUAUAAAGAUCUGGGAUGCUCUCAUCCUUUAGUAAAAGCAGUGUUAACCUCUGCAGGCCAUUGUGAUCCUGAAUUGUGUGUAUUCGUUGUGUUGGAAGCAAUGUUUGGGUUACCUGUGUUGCAUAAUAGUAGGUUAAGAGAUGCACACCAACCAUCUGGUUUUUUCACGUCAGCCUUGGUUUCUCUAACAUUUGCAAUGUUGCUUUGUUGGGAUUUUUUUGCUGGGGAGUUGUAAAGCUGACUUUCCAGUGUUCUUUGUGGAGAUUGGCAAGAGAAAGUGUCUGUUUCUAUGUAGUUACUACUAAAUGGUCAGAAAAACUGUAGCAAUGGCUUUUUGUCCUCAGUGUCAGGUGCUGAAGGCAGCUCAGUUGGCUGCCCAGCUGUGGGGAACGUGCCAGGGCCCUGUUAGAACAUUGCUGAGCACUGGCAAGUGAGUUUUCACCAGCUGUUUCUCCCCUCCUAUCCUUGGAGGGAGGAUGUGACACGAACCUCCCUUUCACCAGAGGGAGAAACCUUAGAAAACUGUAUGCUGUGUAACUUCCCAUGGGUCAGUUUCUUGGGUUUUCAUUCAUGUGACUUCAGUGUGGCAUAUUACCUUUUCUUUGGAAGACAUUUCUGAUGCACCAACUGCUGCAAAAACGUGGUCUGUGUGUUCUUGCUCUUUUGUGUUGCUUCUGUAUUUUAUCCUUUGCCAAGGAACUUGGUGUUUCUUUUCUUCUGAGGCCUGCAGAAAACAAUCCAUGUAGACACACACACUGCUUUUACAGGGGUGAGGUUAAACUGUACUGAUGUGGAUUAAAUAAGAGUAGAUGAUGUGGACUAGUCAUGGUGUGCGUUCAGUGACCUCUCCCCUGCAGCCUUAGAACUUCACGGGCAGGCAGUUUCCCUGGCUUGAUCUAUCACACGUCCAGAGAAGCUUUUGCUGGAGUGAGCAAAGGGGUGCUGUCUAUUUCAGAAGCUGUGAGCUGGUGCUAACUCAAAAUAUUGGUUAAGCUGUGACACCGUUUCCCCACUGCUCUAUGUCCUUGCAGGCUAUCUGGCAGGAAAAUGAUGUUUAUUCCCGUGGAGGCCACUUGCACACAAUAGAGGAUAGCGUAAGCAAUUGAGUAAUCAACCCAAGUAUGACUGCUCUGUUAAAAAAUGAGGGGAGAGGAAGAGCUUUUUCUUAAAACUAGAUGCUUAAAAGCACAAGCAGAAAAUGGCUUCAUUUAUUUUCUUCACUCCUAAAAGAAAAGUUCACCUCUCGAGAAAAGUUUUGUCUCUGCUUCAGUUUUAAGUUUGAAAUGAAUGCAUUUCUGAUUCAAUUUUGAACUGCUGUGAGUAGAAAGGGAAUAGCAGUUUGAGGGCAGGUGGUCAUAUGAGUAUGAUGUGUUAAAGCUUAAGAAGUUGGCGGCUGUUGAAUUGGUAAUUAGCUGCAAGUCAGAGUGUGUUGGAGACUCUCAAAGUUUACAAUCCGUAUUUUUUCCACCUUAGCAUUGCUAAGGUAGUUAAAAGCUGGAGAAGAUACAAGGAAGAGUGUGAAGUGUACUGUGUGCUGUUCUUCUGAGCUGGAAGAUUGAAUGUUUGUAUGUAAUCCAAGGGAAACAGUCUACCAACCACUGCCACGUUUUCAUCUAUUGGUAAACACCAGCUGCUGGUUGGUGUUAAGGGAGGAAGACUGAAUUAGUUCCAGAUGGAGAACUCUUUCAGCCCAUUUAAGACUUUCCAGAUGAUUUAAGACAGCAGGAGUUAAAGAUGGAAUGGACCACAUGCAGAAGCUGACUUUUGUACAAGAUGUUAUUUGGAGGACCAAGUACACUUUUUCAGGCCACGGGAGAUGAAAGACUAAUCACAUGACGUUUCUGUUCUGUCCGAGUGCUGUCGUGUGCUAAGUCAAUGUUGGUUUGUGUUGAGGACCAUUAAUUCCUUAAUGUCAGCAUGUCGACUGUGACAAGUGCUCAGACACCAGAGGACCCUAAUCCUGCCCUGCUUGAAGACAAGCCAAAGGGAAAAUCCCUGUUUAGUUUGGGUUCCCUCUUUGGUAACAGGAGUGAGAAGUUUGUAAUUGCCAGGAGUGACAGUGUACCGGAGGAGAACGUGCUGAAGAUCACUAUCACGGAGACGACAGUCAUCGAGUCAGACCUGGGCAUCUGGAAUUCUCAUGCCCUCAUCUACCUCACUUUGUGGUUUUUCUUCAGCUUUUGCACACUCUUUCUUAACAAAUACAUUCUUUCAUUGCUGGAAGGAGAGCCCAGCAUGCUAGGUGCUGUUCAAAUGCUUUCAACCACUUUCAUUGGCUGUAUAAAAAUGUUUGUUCCAUGCUGCUUGUACCAACACAAAACACGCAUCUCUUACCCACCCAAUUUCAUCAUGAUAAUGCUGUUUGUUGGAUUGAUGAGGUUUGCAACAGUAGUCUUGGGUCUUGUCAGCUUGAAAAACGUGGCAGUUUCAUUUGCAGAAACUGUGAAAAGCUCUGCACCUAUUUUCACUGUUAUCAUGUCUCGGAUGAUAUUGGGAGAAUACACUGGACUGCUGGUUAAUCUCUCUCUCAUUCCUGUUAUGGGUGGGCUGGCUCUGUGUACAGCCACUGAAAUCAGUUUCAACAUUCUCGGCUUCUCGGCAGCUUUAUCCACCAAUAUCAUGGACUGUUUGCAGAAUGUCUUUUCCAAAAAACUGCUCAGUGGAGAUAAAUACAGAUUUUCAGCCCCAGAGCUGCAGUUCUACACCAGUGCUGCUGCAGUGGUUAUGCUCAUUCCAGCUUGGAUAUUUUUCAUGGACGUACCUGUGAUUGGGAAAAGUGGGAAGAGCUUCAGCUACAACCAAGAUGUUGUCAUACUUCUGUUAAUAGAUGGAGUCUUGUUCCACCUACAAAGUGUUACAGCCUAUGCAUUGAUGGGGAAGAUUUCUCCUGUGACAUUCAGUGUUGCUAGUACUGUGAAGCAUGCGCUGUCAAUCUGGCUAAGUAUUAUUGUCUUUGGUAACAAAAUCACAAGCCUCUCAGCCAUUGGGACUGUUCUAGUGACAAUUGGAGUUCUACUGUAUAACAAGGCAAAGCAGCAUCAGCAAGAGACUCUCCACAGCCUGGCAGUGGCAGCCCCACAGUCUGCACAAAGCACAGCUGAGGAUACUGAGCCACUCGUCCCCAAGGAUGUGGAACCCUAUGAUUAAUAUGGCCAUUCCAACCACUGGAGCUCUUCCUGAAAGCAGUUGUUUCCUCAGCUGUUCCUUUGAGUUCAUGGCAGAUUGAGCCUGGGACUUGAAACAGAGAGAAAACAAGGGGAAGAAUCCAGUAAACUUUGAUUUACUCAGAAACUGCUACACCAAACAGAGGACCUUGUGUCAUAUCAUGUGGUAAACGUGGGGCUUAUCAUCUGUCCUUGACUGCAAAUAACAUACAAGCCUGUAUCAGAGAAAAACCUUCAGUGUUUAGUGGGAAAACAAUUCCUUUCUGCCUACUCAUCAAACUAAUGUGAAAACAAAAAGAGAAAGUGAAUGUGUUACUGUGUGCUGCCUGCACCCUCCAACGUUUGUCUGUGUUGUAGAGCUGGAAGAGGGCACCCCCUCCUCUCCCAACAAAGGACUCGUUCUGCUAUGUGUUUAGUUGAAGCAAAGUGUGGGGAUGAGUCUGUGCCCCAAAGCAAAGAUGAGCAGCUAUUUCUGACCACAAAGCUAUAGGGAUGAGAAAUGACUUUUUAACUGAGAUUUAACACAGGAAUCCUGCAUCCUGGAUGUGUGAAACUCCUGCAGUGGAAGUGUGCACACAAGUACAGACACUGCAUGCAGGGGCUGCAAAUACUUGCAGGUGCUUAGAGGUGAAAACCACUGAAGUUUCGGGGACGUGGGAGGCAGGAUCUGUAGAUUUCUCUUAAGAAACAGUUGUAAUAUUUUAAUGGUUUGCAUUUUAUUGUGUAUUUCUGUUCUGAGGAAAUAAAUUCCUCUCUUUUUUGUAUUAUUUGUAAGACUGCAACAAAGUGCUGCCUUUUGGAAACUCAGGGUUCUCAUUCUGACCUGUGUGCACAGUAUCUUCGUUAUUUCUGAUCACUGAAGAACCCUGGAGGUAUCUGUGACUGAGAUGGAGGUGAGGUCACUAAAGGGAGGAAUCUCACCCAUGAACUGAGGCUCAGCUUGCUUUCUACUGCUCUUAAGUUUUCUCUUUUUUUCAGGAAAUUCUAUUUUGGGAUUAGAGCAAAGAUCAGAAAUUGACUUUCCUUGUAAGGAAACCCAAACCCUUCAGUACCAGCAAGUAGUUUUGGACAAAAAAAAAGCACACAUAGCUAGAAAAACCUGCAAGUGGAUUUUUAGUAACAAAAUGAGACCAAAAUGAAAGCUGAGUUUUGCCCCUCUUCUGAAAGACUGCAGCAUGGCAUUAGGAGCAUGGAGAAAGUGGUCUUUCUGGUGAAAAUAACUCUGCUAGGAAGUGAGCAGUGGAGCUCCUGCAGAGUUGAAGCUCGUGUUCCAUUCCCACUCGUGAAGUGUUCCCUUGGCUUUAGGGAACUAUUCCUGUGGACAGCCAAAGUGUGUUCCAAGGGAGUCUCUGUGAAGCAGCCUGUCUCCUGUUGAAGUCCUGUGUGCUGCUUUUCCACGGGCUGACUGCAGGACCCGUUCCUGCCCAGGACUGGGGUGUGUUCCCUGAAGGUUUGAGCAAGAGGGACGUGGCAUUUGUCACUGUUGUAUGUUUGAUGUCUGUGGGGUUUUGUUUUGUACUCAUCACUCUUACAGAAGCUGUGGCUGGGGGGUGCAGCUGUGGGCUGGGGCUCUGAGAGGGGUGGUGGUUGGGGUUUUAAUUAUGGUUUCAAAAAUCUCAGUGUACUUGUCAGAAAAAGGCUGGUUUGCAUUGUAUUUCUGCUCUUGCUGGAAGUCAGAAAUGUGGCAGAAAUGUGAGUGGCUUUCUGCUUCUUUAGCCGUGUUCUCAUGUAAACACCUUCAUCCACCCCUAGAGCUUCAUUCUGAAGGCCAGCAGGCCUUUGCUUUUACUGCUGCUGGCAGACUUGCUGUGGAGCAGAGAAAGGGGAGGCUUUGGAGCUUGUGAUUUCUAACAGCUGCGUGGCUGGCUCAGCACCCCCCCGUUUGAGGGCAGGAUGAGAGUCCUGUUUCACCAGGUGUUUGUUUCCACAGUGCUGCUGUUGUGUACCUUUCUGUGCAGGCUGCUGGGCCUUGACCUUUAUUUGAUUAAACAAACCAACCUCUUUA